AUGCAACCUGGGCUUUGGCUGGCGACCAGCACCCUGGCAGCAGUGCUGGGCAUGGCCCUGCUGGAAGAUGGCGUGUGUCGGGCACCGGACGGCAAGGACGGCUUUCCCGGAGUCCCUGGCCUCAACGGGAGGCCGGGGCAGAAGGGCGACACGGGAGAGCCAGGGAAAUCAGCACAGAGGACGGGCAUCCAGGGAAUCAAAGGGGAUGCAGGCGAGCCAGGGCCUCCUGGCAUCCCAGGGAACCGGGGCUACCACGGCCCGCACGGCCCCCCCGGGCUCCCAGGCCAGCCAGGGCCGAAAGGGAACAAGGGGAAACUUGGCAAUAUCCUGGAGCAGCCACGUCCUGCCUUCUCUGCCUCGCGGAGGUCCCCACCGUCCAAGGGCAGGACGGUGGUGUUCGACAACAUCAUCACCAACCAGGAGAGCUCCUACAGUCCCCAGACGGGGGAGUUCACCUGCCGCGUCCCCGGGCUCUACUACUUCGCCUACCAGGUGGUCUCCAGCGGGGACCUCUGCCUGAGCAUCACCAAGAACAGGGAGCGCGUGGUCAGCUUCUGUGACUACAACAGCCGCAACAUCCUGCAGGUGAACUCGGGCAGCAGCGUGCUCAGCCUGGCCGUGGGUGACCAGGUCUCCAUAAGCACCGACCCUGCCAGGGGCAGCAUGAUUUAUAGCGGCUCCGAGGCAGACAGUGUCUUCAGCGGCUUCAUGCUCUUCCCGCAGACGGGCUGAUGGACUGCCAGUCCAGACCUGCUUAGCACCAGAGCAUUGCGGUGUGCGUGUCUGCAUGUGUUUUCCCCCCUGUGAGUGCGUGGAGUGGUUUAGUAUCACAGCAAACCAGGACAGCCCCAAAUUGAGCCACCAGACAGGUCCUGUGCUUCCAUCAAUGUCACAAAGUGGCCAGGCUGUGGGUCACCACUGCAGCAGUGAGACCCCUGCUAGCAGUUACCUCCGUGCUGAGCCUGCCCACUCCACCCUGGAGGCAGAGGCCUCCUGGCCGCAGCAGCCCUUUCUGCUCCUGGAUGCUCAGACCCCACACCGGAGGAGACCAGUUGUCACUGGGGCCGUUCACCAGCUGUGGGUCUUUAUCCCUGAGUGGGAAAUCACUGCGUCCCACUGCUUCUGCUACACUAACCGUUGCAAACGUCUUUCUGGCGCCAGGCCACUACUGCCUCUCACA